AUGUCAACGCACCAAACAGCUCCAACGCAGUACAUCAUAGGUUCUGAUGGUGUCAAAUAUGCAUAUCGCCGUAUUGGCCCUUCAGAGGGUCUUCCUCUCGUAAUGCAUGGAUUUUUUCGAUCCAACAUGGAUUUCUGGGACCCAAUCCUCAUCAACAAUCUUGUAGAGAAGCGGCCUGUGAUUCUAUUUGAUCAGACCGGCGUGGGCCGUAGCAGCGGUACAAUCCCUACGACAUAUCAGGGAUGGGCAGACUGCCAAAUUAAUCUCACGAAUGCCCUCGGUAUCAAUCGCUAUGAUGUUGCCGGCUUCUCAAUGGGUGGGCUUUCCGCUCAAUUAGUGGCAUUGACAGUACCGCAUAUGGUCCGCAAGCUCAUCUUGUUGGGGACUACUUCUGCAGCUCCUUACGAAGAGUCAUCGGAUAUUGCUGGUAUGGUUUGGCCGCGUGAAAAAGCACAGCCUGAGCCCAUGGCUGUUCUUACAACAUCUAAAAGCACUCCAGAAGAAAUGCAGCAUGCUAUUGCAUAUUCAUUCUUUUACCAGACCGAUGCUGGCCGUGAGGCGGCGCAAGGAUGGUGGGACCGUGUCAACGAACGAAAAGUCGACGGUGAGACCCCUCUCCUGGAGUUUGUUAACCCCGAGGGCACGGCUCGGCAAGUUGAGGCUGUGGUUCACUGGAACACGCCAGAAAAGAAUGGUGCAUAUGAUCGUCUCAGCGACCUGGAAAUGCCGGUUCUAGUGAUGAAUGGUGAUGAUGACCUUCUUAUACCACCAAGCCGUAGCUGGGAGUUGGCUAAGAAGAUUCCCAACUCUCAGCUCAUCAUCUAUCCCAAGGCUGGACAUGGCUUCUUGUAUCAGUAUGCAAAGCUCACUGCUACCCACAUCAACAUGUUCUUGGAUGGGUUUGGAGGCUUGCACGGAGACGAGUAG